GCAGUUCACAGACAAAAAACAACAGAAAACAUAUAAUAGAUAAAAAACAGCUAAAGAAUAGAUAGUUAAAUUCAAUUGAUGCUCUAACUUUUAAAUACAAAUUUAAAACCUCAUUUAAACCCCUUUUUAAAAAUCCCAAUUUAAAAUUACAUUCAGGCUGUACAUAAUACAUAGUACAUAAAUUACGGGAAAGUAAAGAGAAACCCCAGGUGCUCAGAAGUAGUGCAGAGAAGAGCAACCGGGAUAAUUAGGGGACUGGAGGCUAAAACAGAAUGGUUGCAGGAACUGAGCAUGGCUAGUCUAGUGAAGAGAAGGACCAGGGGAGACAUGAUAGCAGUCUUCUAAUAUUUGAGGGGUUGCCACAAAGACGAGCGGGUCAAAUUAUUUUCGAAGGCACCUGAAGGCCAGACAAGGAAUAAUGGAUGGAACUGGUCAAGGAAAGAUUCAACCUAGAAAUGAGAAAUUUUCUGACAUAACAACCCAUGGAACAGAAGUUGCCUUCGGAAGUUGUGGGAGCUUCAUCACUGGAGGCUUUCAAGAAUAGACAGGACUGCCAUCUGUUAGAAAUGGUGCAGGGUCUCCUACUUGGGCAGAGGGUUGGGCUAGAUGACCAACAAGGUCCCUUCCAACUCUGUUAACAAUCUUAGAUUCCAUUCAAAGGCGCUUUGCUCGAUUCCUGCCCUGCUUCACCGCCUCCGGGGCUUCAUCCGCGCAUCCCCUCCCAUUCCCCAACCGAAUACUCCACCACCACGUGACUUUGGCCGACACAGAAGAGAGCAUGCGCAGAAGAUCUUUGUCGGGCCCGGAUGUUGAACAGAGGACAGGAGAGGCGGUAGCUGCUUUAUGAGACGCUCUAGUCAAGAGCAAUAAAGCACGAGGGAUUAUAAUCUUGUGCCUCUCUAGGAAGCAGUCAUAUCUCACCGAGUCUGUGGGAGGCCUGGCGAGCGCGGGAAAUUUUGGCGGGAGCGACUCGCAGCUGCUCUUCUCCGCCUCAGAAACUCUGAGGGAGCGGAGCUCCAUUCUCUCCCCUGAAACCGGGAAAGGGGCGGGUCCACCGUGACUGAAGGCGGCCUCAGCGAGUUUUCCCCCGUACUGGCUCUGCUGAAGCCGGAGAUCGAAUGGAGGCCCGGGGGUCUCUGGGGGCGGGAGCAGCAGCGGCCCUUCAGGCGGGGAGCGUCGGCGGCAGCAGGGAGUCCAGCGACGGCCCGAGCGGCCUCCCCGAGGAGCCCCGCAGCUCCGAGGCUGAGCGCUGGCGGUUCCGCAGCUGCCGCUCCCUGGAAGCCGAGGGGCCCCGGGCGCUUUGCAGCCGCCUGCACGGGCUGUGCCGGGGGUGGCUGCGGCCCGAGCGGCGCAGCAAAGCCGAGAUGCUGGACCUGGUGGUGCUGGAGCAGCUGCUGGCCCUGCUGCCCCCGGAGCUGUCGGGCUGGCUGAGGGAGUGCGGGGCGGAGAGCUGCGCCCAGGCGGUGGCCCUGGCCGAAGGCUGCCUCCUCGGCCCCGCACUUGCUCCGGAGGCCGGAAAGGGGCGGCAGUUGCAGGAGCCGUUAAUUGAGGAGAUCUCAGCAGAGCUCCAAGGAAGAGGAGAUCCAUCUAAUGAUUCUAAAGAGCUUCUUUUCAGGAGGAUCCAACUGGGGCCACCUUGCCAAGACUCUGAUCUCUUUGAGGAGGUGGCUGUGGACUUUACAGAGGAGGAGUGGUCACUGCUGGAUUCUAGCCAGAAGGCCUUGUGCAGAGAAGUCAUGCUGGAGGUUACUAUGAAUAUGGCUGCUUUGGGUGAUGGUGAUAGGCUGGAAAAUGAGAAUGAGAAGUGGCAGCGGCUAUUUAAACUACCAAGGGCAGAGUCUUCAAAUAACCAAAGCGACUUCCGUACAAGGCAUAAUCUGACUCACCAUCAGAGGGGCCACUCAAGUGAAAACACAUAUAGUUGCGUGGAGUUUGGAAAGAGAUUCACUGAGAGUUGUGAUAUUACAUAUGAUCAAAGGAUUGACACAGGAGACAAAUCACAUAAAUGCCUGGAGUGUGGAAAGAGCUUUAUUGACAAAUGGCGCCUUACUUUCCAUCUAAGGAUGCACACAGCAGAAAGACCGUAUAAAUGCGUGGAGUGUGGAAAAAGCUUUUGUCAGAACUCAGAACUUAUUCGUCAUAAGAGAAUCCACACUGGGGAGAGACCUUAUAAAUGUAUACAAUGUGGGAAAGCGUUUACUCAGAAAAGUGGUCUUAUUAGUCAUGAAAGAAUCCAUACAGGGGAGAAACCAUUUCAAUGUACAGAAUGUGGAAAGAGUUUUGCUCAGAAAGGACACCUUAAAUUGCAUGAGAAAAUCCACAGAGCUGAGAUCGUAUAAAUGCAUGGAGUGUGGAAAAAGUUUUAACUGCAGCAAAGAUCUUAUUUGUUAUGAAAGGACCCACACUGGGGAGUGACUAUACAAGUACAUGGAACGCGGAAAGCAAUUUACUCAGAAAAAUGAUCUUACUAAUCAUGAAAGAGUUCAUACGGGGAGAGAGACCAUAUAAAUCCACAGAAUGUGGAGCAGGUUUUGCUCAAAGGGGACUUUCCUGAGACAUGGUUUAGCAUUUGUUCACUGAAGGUGGUAAUCUUGGGCGAAAGGCCAAUUUUCUUACUUUAGCAAUGAGAUCUCAGGAUUAAAGACAUCUUAGGUUAUGCUCAAAUUAGGAGGAAUGUUGCACAGUAGUACAUUUAUUGUUUCCACUGCACUUUGACCUUAGUCUAGAGCAGUGGUUCUCAACCUUUAUAGUGCUGCGACCCCUUUAAUACAAUUCCCCAUGAUGUGGUGACCCCUUUAAUACAAUUCCCCACGAUGUGGCGACCCCAACCGUAAAAUUAUUUUCGUUUUGAAUUUAUCGUGCCUGAAGCUGUAUUGGCUAGCAAUCUGAACUGCUUGCGAUUGCCUUGAGGACGGAGGCAUUAAAGCGGAGAGUCCUCCCCUAUUAAGUUUAUCGCGCCUGAAGCUAGAUUAGGCUAGCGAUUGGGAGUGAUUGCAACUGGCUUGAGAGGGAGACAUCAGAGCAAAGAUUUCUCUCUUUUUUAAUUCAUUGCGCUUGAAGCCGAAUUCAGCUAGCGAUUUGAAGAGCCUGCAGCUGGCUUGUCAACCAUUGGAGCGCGAUUCUUCAACUCGCAAGUAUACUUCCCAUAUUUCCAAUGGUCUUAGGCGACCCCUGGCAAAUCAUCAUUCGACCCCCAACGGGGUCCCGACCCCAGGUUGAGAACCGCUGGUCUAGAGGCUACUCUGAUCUUACGUCCACCUCUAGUUCAGCUCAUUCUUUCUGUAUUGUAGAUAACAUUAAAACUUAUUAAAACAACUCAAGAAGCUUGGGAAAUUUUGAAAAGUGAGAUUAUAAAAGCACAGUCUAACACAAUACCAAUGAAGAAGAAAAAUAGUAGAUCUCAAAAGAAACCAGCAUGGAUGCAUAAAGAACUAUCUGACAAAUUGAAAGACAAAAAAGACAAAUAUAAAAAGUGGAAAGAGGGGCAAAUAACUAAGGCAGAAUAUCAGCAAAUAGCCCGAGCCUGUAAAGAUGAAGUGAGGAAAGCUAAGGCUCACAAUGAACAAAGGCUAGCGACAAAAGUAAAAAAUAACAAAAAAAGCUUCUUCCAACAUGUUAAAAACAAG